CCACCCCACUCGCCGCCGCCGCUGCCACCGCCGCUUGCUGCCGCAGCCGCCAUGGGGGCGUACAAGUACGUGUCGGAACUAUGGAGGAGGAAGCAGUCGGACGUGAUGCGCUUCGUGCAGCGCGUGCGCUGCUGGGAGUACAGGCAGCAGCCGUCCAUCGUCCGCCUCACCAGGCCCACCCGCCCCGACAAGGCCCGUCGUCUCGGCUACAAGGCCAAGCAGGGAUAUGUUGUCUACCGUGUCCGUGUGAAGCGUGGUGGCAGGAAGAGGCCUGUGCCCAAGGGUAUUGUCUAUGGCAAGCCCAAGCACCAGGGUAUCACCCAGCUCAAGUUCCAGAGGAACAAGAGGUCUGUCGCUGAGGAGAGAGCUGGACGUAAGCUUGGUGGACUGAGGGUUCUUAACUCCUACUGGGUGAAUGAGGAUAGUACCUACAAGUACUUCGAGAUCAUCCUUGUGGACGUUGCCCACAAAGCCAUCAAAACCGACCCGAGGAUCAACUGGCUAUGCAACCCUGUGCACAAGCACCGCGAGCUCCGUGGCCUCACCUCAGCAGGCAAGAAGUACCGUGGCCUGCGGGGCAAGGGCCACACUCACCACAAGAACAGGCCCUCAAGGAGAGCCACCUGGAAGCGCAACCAGACCCUCUCCCUCCGUCGCUACCGCUGAGCAGCUCGUCGGGUGCUUGGAUACUGCCACUGUCCGACCAUUCCCAAUCAAGACAACAAGGGUGCCUGUCUCUGGUUGCAUUUUCAAAGUUUUGCUAUUUGUGUUCUUGGCACUUUUAAUGUUAGAAGUCAAUUAUGGAGCAUAUGUCAUGAACUAUUUGCAAUUCCGCUGUAUUAUCAGACAACGAAUGGUUAGUGAUCAAAUGCUGCCUGCUGCUGUGGACUAAA